ACACUUUCUGUCCGACCCCUCCUUCAGCUGAGCAGCCUGAGCUGCUCCGAGGUGACGGAGCCAGCCGGUCCUGCCCUGGUGCAGAGGGAGGAGCGGCGGAGCGAGGACUGCGCACCUCCUCCGGCCCCAGGCUCGGACACAAGCCGGGGAUGGCGUCGCUCGGUGCGGGGCUGCAUCUCAUCCGCAGGCGGGCAGCGAGCAGGAGCGCAGCGGUGGAGAGGAGGAACCUGCUGACGGUGUGCAGGUUUUCAGUGAAGACUCUGCUGGACCGCUCCUGUUUUGACACAAUAGAUGACUCAUCUCCAGAGUUCAUUAACUUCGUCUCCAUCCUGGAGCACAUCCUCAGUCAUCGACUUAAAGGUCAGACAACUUGGUUUGGCUAUGAGAGUCCUCGGAGUUUCUGGGAUUACAUAAAAGUAGCCUGCAGUAAAGUCCCUCAUAAUUGUAUCCGAAGCAUCGAGAGCAUGGAGAACGUGCGAUCGUCGAGAGCUAAGGGCAGGGCAUGGAUCCGAGUGGUUUUGAUGGAGAAAAGACUGUCAGAAUAUAUCUCAUCUGCACUGAGGGACUUCAAAACCACCAGGAGGUUUUAUGAGGAUGCAGCGAUCAUGCUGGGAGAGGAGGCGGGGCUGUUGGCGGACACGCUCAUCGGACUCAACACCAUCGACUUCAGCUUCUGUCUGAAAGGAGAAGGUCUGGACGGCAGCAGCCCCUCCGUGAUCGACUACACGCCUUACCUGAAGUUCACUCAGAGCGCAGACAGCAUCAGCAGUGACGAGGAGGAGAUGAGGACUCUGGGGAGCAGCGGCAGUGAGAGCAGCACCCCUGACAAAACGGCCACCGCCGCUUCCAUCUUUACCGAGCAGAGCAACUUGGUCAGCAAGUGUAAACGCUUUGAGCAGAAGUAUCGCAUGGCGCUGGAGCAGAAGGGUUACCUGGAAGAGCUGGUCCGUCUACGUGAAGCCCAGCUGUCAGAGGCCGUAUCUCAUAACAAAGCUCUUCAGCAGAGCCUGGCAGACACACACCUCUCCCACACACUGGAGAAAGAGCAGCUUGAGUACAUCAUCCUGGAGCUUCAGGACCAGCUAACAGUUCUGAAGAACAAUGAUUUGCGGUCCAGACAGGAGUUGACAGCCCAUCUGACCAAUCAGUGGCCAUCUCCUGAUGCUUUGGAUGCCAACGCUGUCGCCUUGGACACGCUGCUGUACAGGAAGAACACCGGACAGUGGGAGGAAAAGAGUUUCCAGAGUCUGGAGCAGCUGUCUGCAGACAUGAGCCUCUCACAGACUUCCCUAGAGCGGUCAAACACACUGAGUCUGGAGGCCAGACCAGCUGGCACACACUGGCCCCGCCAAGGUAAAGAGGAAACUCCAUCUCUCAGAGGUCUAUGUGGCUCCCUGACCUCAGUCGCCAGCUACAAAUCUCUGGCCAGCCUGAAGUCCAGUGAGUGUUUGGCCAGUCCCGCCACAGAGAUCAGCAGUCCAGGCAUCACCCCUUCAUAGGGAACGGAGAGCUGGAUGACACGUCACCUCCAGGGCCAGACAAUCCAGGAACCUUCCCAGUAUAGGUGAUAUUAACUUGCUGUUUGUAGAAGUUUAUAUUCUGUAUUUGGAGCCCAGAGCUUUUAACAGAUGGACGUCAGGUUUACAAGCUGAGAAUCUGGAGUAGCAUGAAUUGUGUUAAAACUCAGAUCAGCUCCAACAGACCAUGUCAUGUCUUAACAAUGUACCGUUCAGUUGAAACACUCCCUUGUAAAAGUUGUAACUUCAUAGAUACAUUAUGUGUUUGAUUUGUUUUGUUUGUUGGUGUUUUAUCUCUGAAGCAUCUUCUUUUUUCUUUCUUGGAAAUGCAUUAAAAGAAAUAGAAAGUUGAUGUAGGAAUUACUGUGUCACUUUACACUAUUGAGAAGACAGUGAUGAUGUUUUUACAGGAGAAUAUAGCAUGCAGAAAAUCACUGACUAGCUCAGAUUAGACAGUUUAGGAGAAUCACAAAAUACUGAAAGUCUCAGUCAGUGUUUGGUCUCUUGAAUGUCACUGAUAAUUGUUUCCUACAGUUAAAUUAUUCCUUUAAUAUCUUCUAUGCUGCCGCCCUUUCUUAUAAUUGUGUUCUCCAUUGAUUCAUUUCUUUGAUUUGAGGUUGCACUCUUGUCAGAUAAUUAUGUCAUCAGUGUUAUGUUGCCAGCAUUGUGCAUAAUGCAGUAUUAUGUUAUUCUGUUCUCAGGUAACGGCCUCUAUGAUUAAUAUUCACCCUUCAUUUUAGCUUUAUCAGACACAGACUAUUGUUCUUAUUCCCUUUAAUUAUCCAAAUGCUGUAUUUCACAUUCGUUGCUAGUUACCACAAAUAGAUCAUUCCAGAAACUCAGAAUAAUCUGUGUAAGGCUUCAGUAACGAACAUCCUGCAGUUGGCAUCGUGUUCAGGUGAACGGAUAUGUGGAGAAUGUGAAAUGAGACAUUUGCAGACUGUCAGUAUAGUGUGAUUUGUGUUAUUGGUGACUAGCCGCGUACCUCAACACUGAACUCAUGAGAACUUUACUAUUUGCCUUUUAGCUUGUUCCAGCAGUCAUUUGCACAGAGAUGUAACAGAUGUUUUACUGGAUUUAUUUGCCUUUUUAUCCUUCAUUUUGAAUAAACUCCACUUGCAAAAACGAAA